AUGUAUCCCUUUCUUCCUUGGAGUCAGAACCAGUCUAGUGUUCGCUCUUCUCUGAGCGAGGCCACCACUAGUACUCAGAAUGUCUCCUUCAGCUUUAGUUUCGGCAGCUCUUGCUCACCCACUUCGAUGCCGCCUCCCCCACCACCCUCUCCCACUGAUUCCUUGCUCGACAUUACUCCUCGCAAGUGCUCCUUUUCCAGCGGCUAUGAGAUGAACAACUCUUGCGCCUUCCCAUCUUGGCCCAACCGCCCUUCUCUGCUGAGUGCAGACUCGGACAGUUCCACUGCCAGCGCCUACCUUUCCGAUGAAGAUCUCCUCCCCAUCGGCUCUGGAUCCCCCUGCGAGAGUGCGAUCGACGAAGAAUCCGCCGCGCAGGACCCGACCAUGGGAGAUGUUGACCUGACGACCGAGCAGCAGAUCCAGAUGAUUCGCGCCGCAGCGGAAGAAGAAGCGCAGCGCGCGCGAUUCCUUGCUCAGGUGCAGGCCCAUGCGAGAGCACAGCAGGCCAUGCGGGUGGCACAGAUGGCAGCAGCAGAGCGCGAGAACGCAAAGCGCAAGAAGCGCAAGGCCAUCCCCGAGAGGAAGCGGCGGACCGCAUCUGCUUCCAAAGCCACCGUCUGCCGCGCCUAA